GAAAGAAAGUUAAAAAUAAAUUCAGGUCGAUAUAUUAAGGCUGCAAACAGUUAGAGCUGAACGAAAUAAACGGAUUUUACCAAAAAUAUUCAUCAUCUGGGCCUAAGUUUCUGCAGAGUGGUUUUCUAAAUUCAAUGAACAUUUCAGAAGUAGGUAUUCGUCUUGGCCACUAUUAAGAUACAGGCUUAUUAUAUAACUUAAUUAUAAAAUCAAUCCACACAAAUGUACAAAACUAACAAUAAAAAGCCGCCUAGUUGCUUUUUAAGUAUAAGUUGUACUUCUGAGGAAUUACCUUUCUGGCAGUCAAUGGAUCAUUUAGCACCAGUUGUUUUGUAUGAUGUGAAUCCAUUCGCAAAAGAAGGCGUUGAGAUAUCUACUAAGUUUCAUCAAACCUUAUUUUAUCCGGAGUUUAGAAUUCAAAGAGUGUGGCGCAUCCAGAAUCCUAUUCUCUGGUUACAUUACUCUCUUAAGAAAAAACAGUUGUCUCAAGAACUUGGAGGAGCUGGCCGCUAUCCAGAAGAACGGCAAUUAUUUCAUGGAACUUUUAGAGACAGACUAGAGCCAAUCAUUAAACAAGGUUUUGAUUGGAGGAUUGGGAAAACUCACGGGAAAAAGCUUGGCAACGGAAUUUAUUUUGGAAGACACGCAGUUGGUGCCCAUGAAUUUACAGACUGUGGUGGGGAUAACAAAAGCACAAGAUGGAAAACUCAUAUCUUCUACUCUAAACCAUUACAGUUUCAAAGUACUAAUCAUUUGCAAGCAUCUGAAAACGGGACGGCCAUAAGCGACAUAUGGUCACUUUUUAAGUACCAUAGUCAUACUGACAGUCAUUUUAUGCUGGCUGUACGUGUUCUGGUUGGACGCUACACCAUGGGGAAACCAAGUCUACUUCGUCCUCCUCAGUUUGAUGAAAGAGAUCUGAGUGUAAGAUAUGAUUCUUGCGUUGACAACGUCAGCGCACCACAGACAUUUGUUAUUUUCGACCAAUACCAGGCUUAUCCUGAAUAUGUUAUAGAAUAUCAACACUGCAUAAAUAACAGAUUGCGAGUAUAACUAUAUCAAUAAUAUAAUUACUUUAACAUAAUUUAGGUCCAUGAAUUAUAAGUACGCAACGAUGACUUAGAACGGCCCAUUUCAAUCGACCUCCCACACACAAACAGAUACUGGGAAAUAUAUUGUCUCCCUUUUCUCACCCCCCUCCUCCUUCACCACCCCUAAAAAAAUAAUUGUACCUAAAAUCAAUAACUUUUCUUUGGCUUCUUAGUUCAAUAUCAAAUUAUUUCAUAAGCUCCGUGUUGCGGUCAGUGUUGUGGGCAGUCGUUGAGUUGUAGCACCAAACAGCUGAUAGACAACAAAACCGCUGUUGGCGUAUUAUAUCUUAACUUAUAAAACUUGAGAAAAUUCUUUCUGAACAAUGGUAAAUACAACUUUAUUUUUACAAUACAGUCACAUUUUACUUGAGAUAAAAUGAAAUAAAUAUAGUGGACCUAAGUAAUAAUAUAAAAUGGUAUUUUAAACAAAAUUUAACUCACUACAAUACCUAAGACCGCUGACGACAAUGCUAUUUAUCUUGCAUCAUUUACACUACAUAGCUAACCUCUUCCCACCGCCACCGUAGAAACUCACACACUCCGUAACAGUCGCAGUCGGAUUCCUUUUUGUUAUCAGUUGGGCAUCGUAACACACUCUCACCCAAGAAUUCUAUUUUUUUUUUAUAUUUUAUUUUUUCUAACCUCCACACUGAAUACAAAAUAAUAUAGUUAUGCCUACAUUUCAUUUUUUUUUUGUCCCACUUUAGAACAUAUUUUAGACUAACAAAAAAAAUGUUUUUUUUAAUAUACAAAGUCUACAAAAACAAGUUACGCGCCAAGUAGGCAUAGUUUUGUUGAAAUUCAAAAACUGUUUAAAUAGUGCUUAUAAACAGAAGGAAGUAUAAUUUAGUACUUUUUGAUUAGUCGGCUUUCAAAAACGCAUUGAGAUAAAAUUGAGAAUUAAAACAAAAAUCGUUUUGGGGAACAAGACAAGUAGUAGGCUUAACAGGUUAAAUUGCCAUUUUUCCCCGUCAAUUUAGCGUCCUCGACCUUGUUCAGUUUAACAUGAAAAUCUCAUGUCAGCUUAACUAAACUGAGGUCAAAGUUUGUUUUUAAAGUAUUUAUUUUGGAGUGCUCCUAUUGGACAUUCUUCCAUGUUAAGCUCACAAAAUAACAGCAGUAAGCCAUACUCCAUAUCUAUAAAAUCAUUAAAUAUUUUGAUAUUUAUAAUUUUAAAAGUUUUUAAAGUUUUUGUAUCUUGAGGCAAGUAGCUAAUUAAAUUAUUUCAAAAUAUUCUUA